CCCUUAGUUUCACUUCCAUUUUAGYUUAUUAUAUAAAAUGAUUCACUUCUUUUCUGGAUCAUCAUCUUCAUUGCUGUAGUUCUACAAAUAUGUUUUUUCAACUCGUCUGCAUUCUAGCUGCCUACUUGCAAGGUGGGCUUACACAGGAUAGGCCUACACAAGAGGUGAAGUCAGUUUGUGGAGAGGAUUCAAUUCUGAAAUGUAAAGCAAUACGUAAGCCUGGGGUCCAGUACCGGGCAGUGAGGUGGUACAAGCUGGGUGAGGAGCCCUAUAAUAAGGARUCUGGUCUAUUGAUGAAGAGGCUAUCACCUAACAGCACCACCCAAUGGUACGUCGGUCUGGAGCGURAAGUGGAACUUUUGGCUGACGAUUCUUUCGAUAUCUUCCUGCCCAAUGUAACGGCUGUUGAUAGUGGGAGGUACAAGUGUCUCCUGGCAGCACCUGUAGGAGAGCAGAACCAGGAGGGGCAGGUUCACCUCAGAGUGACAGGUUGCCUUGAGUCCACAUACCAAUCAGAAGAAAUGGAUACCAUUCUAGUUCUUUCCAUUGUGGGGAUUGUUGCGGCAUUGCUGAUAUUCACCAUCAGCUAUGUCAUCCUAAGGAAYAUGUUAUUGCAAAGGAGUAAGAAGUAUCCACAAGAACCACUUCUAGAUGCACCCCWUGAGAAGAARGAUUUAAUGUUGAUCUACACUCUGGGGCCAAACUGGUCGGGACAGGCUUCCAUAAAACAUGUCUGUGUGUGAGACCCUGUUCAGCUAGUUUAGGCUCAUUGUAUACUUGAAUGUGAAGAGGAAACACAGAGAAAGACUAUAGUCCAUUUGAAGCUGAGCAAGGAGCCUAAGAGUCAUGUCUACUUUCCAGAGAGUUCACCUCUAAAGCAGCGGGAGGCAGACAAACCUCUGGACGAUCCUGUAGAACUAAGUUGUGUAGGCAUGACUGCAGCAUUCAAGAGCCUGUGAUGCGCAAGGAGCAGGGCCUGGUGAAGGGACCCCAYGAUCUAAGCCCCAAGAUCAAACCCCAACAAAGAGCUUCAGGAAAGGGAGAAUAAAUAAUUAAUAAGGGGUGUGGGGUUCUGAGAAUAUGAAAUAUACUUAUUCAUGUCACUGAGGGAGAGAGGGUAAUGUAUAACGUUUACAUUAUA